AUGCGAGGCAGAGCACAGAGCAACGGGAGCGGCUCGAGUCGCUCGAGCGCGUUGACGGCGUCAGCGGCGGGACUGCAGGAAACCAUAUGCUCACAGGCUUGUAGGACACAUUUCAUCUUUGACCGAGAUUGGUACCCCGACGUGCCGCUGGUUAUCCAAGCGAAUCAACUGAUUAUCGGGCGUCUUGAGCUGGGGCAUACGCUGCCAGAGCUCAUUGCGGAGUCGGCGAAGAACGAGGCGGGAUGCCACCCGGGGACAAUGGCGGCGUACUUCCACCAUGCGAUCACGCUAGAGCUGGCGUGUUUGAUGAGCAAUGAUGUGGUACAGAUGGCGAUUGUCAAGGGCGUCAGGGUAUGA